AUGUCCAGCCAGUUGGAUCCCCAGGCUUUGGCCGCGUUCGUGGACGACAGUGUCUUUGCUCAGAUGAGCGGGAAGCUUGGAGCAGACGCAUCGCCGAAGAAAAAUCUUUUCGUUGCGUGGAUGCUGGAAGACUAUCCCAACAAAGCCACACUCCAACUCGAGGCCUCCCAGAAAGAUAUACAUGGAUUGAUACGGGUGGAGAUCAGAAAAGCAUACGGGCAUACACGCGUGUCUCGACCUCUUGCACAAACUAUUGCGGCCAAGACGGUGAAAGACCUCCUGGCAAAGUUUGUCCCUGAAGCCCGCUCCGGCACGCCCAAGUUGGAUGAAAAUGAAAUGAAGCGAAUCGCGGAGGCGUUCACCAAGGGCCGGUACCUCGGCGAAGCCCACCUCGACCUCGCACAGUAUCUGCGGGACUGCUGGAAGGCCUACACCCCCACAAAGUACAAGGCGCCAUGUGUGGCGGUCGUGCAGAGUUCUGGCAUCGGCAAGAGUCGGAUGGUGCGUGAACUCGCGAUUGAGGCUCAAAAGAGCGCCUUGAACAUGAAA